AUGGAGGACGACAAGCCAUGGGCUCUGGUCUCAGGGGCGGUAGAACAUGGUUUAUAUGAAGACUUAACGCCCAUAAUAAAACAACACUUCCAGAUCCUCUGCUACAAAGACUUCCUUCAAAACCCUCAGCUGCACGGCCCUAAAAUCCAGGCCGUGUUGGUGUGGGACAACAUCCCUCCAACCGAUCCUUCGACUCUCCGGUUUCUUCCCUCGCUGAAGGUGGUUGCUAACGGAGGAGUGGGCAUCGACCACCUGGACGUGCCGUACAUCAACAGUCUGGGGGUGAAGGUGACCAACACGCCCGGGGUGGUGAGUGACGCCACGGCAGACAUGGCCAUGGGUCUGCUUCUGGCAUCGGCACGCAAGAUCGUUCAAGGUCACCAAAUAUCUGUUGACCCCAACACCACCAAUCAUAAACCACAAAGCCUGAUGGGAGUUGAAGUCACAGGGUCGACUAUGGGGAUUAUAGGAAUGGGACACAUUGGCUGCAAAAUCGCUCAAAGAGGCAAAGGAUUUGACAUGAAGAUCCUGUACCACAACAGGACCAGGAGGAGUGUUGAGGAAGAGCAGGCGGUGGGGGCUACUUAUUGUGAGAAAAUGGACGACCUGCUGAAAGAGUCGGACUUCGUGGUGCUGGCGGUCAACCUGAGCCCUGAGACCACCGGCCUGAUCAGCACCAGAGAGCUGAACCUCAUGAAACCCACAGCAACACUGGUCAACAUCAGCAGAGGUCGGGUUGUGGAUCAGGACGCUCUGGUCAAAGCUCUGCAGUCGGAGACUAUUCUUGCGGCGGCGUUAGACGUGACUUACCCUGAACCGCUGCCAAGGGAUCAUCCUCUGCUGGGUCUCCCUAACGUUCUGAUCACCCCCCACGUUGGCACCGACACUCUCUCCACCAGCAGAAAGAUAGUGCAGAGGAUGGUAGAAAAUGCUGUGGCUGUACUGAAAGGCCAAUCUAUUCCCAAUGAAGUCAAACCGAAAUGAAGUGCCUCAUCUUCACGUGGUUAGAUGUGUUUUAUUAUGUAGUGAGUUAUUUCUUACCUGUUGAUCUUUCUAUGUAAUUAUCUGCCAUAGUUACUGUUAUUAAGACUUGAAGAAAAUAAUAACAACUCCUAUCAUGAAACACUACCGUUACAAUUACCAUAGAAUAAAUAAUACAUCAUGAUAA